AUGGGAAGCCCCAUCGGCUCGCCUCUCACAAACCCUCCUACGUCUCCCCUUCGCGAAGCCCCUUUUCCGUCCGCCGCCAACUUUUCCGUCGGGGCGCAUUCGGUGCAACCCGCCGCGCCUUCCUGCGCCACCCCGGCGGCGUGCACCUCUUUCCCCUUGGCUCCGCCCGCGCACGCGCUAGCGACGGGCGCGGAAACGCUUCCCCGCAUGGCAAUUCCUGCGGUUUUUCCGGAAGCUUCCGCCUUUGGCGCUGCGGCGUCACGUGGCUGGACAGGCGUAGCCUGCGGGGCUGACGCGCUAAGGCUGGGAUGUAAGCGCAAGGGAGGCGCAUGGAUGGGGGGAGACGGAGGAGCAGGCGGAGCGGACGUUGGGAUUCCGGGAGUUGGUGUGGCGGGCAGGGGGAGCGCAACGGGGAUGGAUGGAGUGGUGGGCGGGAUGCGGAAUGAGGCCGUGGCAGACAUGGCGGAUUUGGGGAAUCCAGCAAAGCGGGCGAGACUGCAGCUUCCAGUGCCUUUAGUAGCACCAUCAGCACCAGCGGACCCUGCAUACGCAUCUUCGCCACCACCCACUGCACCCUUUCCAUUGCAAGAAGCAGACAAUCAGAAAGCUAUUGUCCUGUAUUCCCCUCCUUUCAUCCCCUCUCUCUCCACGGGCGCUGGCGCGGGUGCUGGCACUGGGAGGAGAGCAGAGCGAGAAGCCAUGGCAGGAGCAUCAGCGUCACUCGCAGCACGGGCAGCAAUGCAGCAGUGGCCGAUAGAGAAGCUCAAAGCGGCAUGGGCGGGGGCCAGCCCUAUGGAAAAAAGGGUGCUUGGGGGCAUGAUUGGGUCGUUGCUGCAGGGCCAGCCGAUUCAGAUCUUGGGAGGGAGCAAGCUGCUGGAAGCCCUUCAGCUCCAUCCACCUGUUGUCGCGGGUCGUGGCCUGGGAGAGGACGACACAGAGUUGAAAGCACAGGAAGAGGGUGGAGAAGACGAAGACAAAGAAGACGAGUUGGAGCAAUCAGAGCAGCAACCAGACUCUUUGAUGGCAACAGCAGAUGCCAUGAAUCUGGAGCACCAGAAAGUGGUCAGCAGCAGCUGUUAUGAGGGAAACAAUGGGGAGGACAUGGAGUUGGCUGAAUGA